UGGCUUUAUAAGAUGAAAGUGAAGAAUGCGGAUGAGUUGAAGGAGCUAAUGGAUGAGAAGGCGUACGACGAGUACAAGAAGGUUGAGGAGCAGCAGGCUGGUGAUUGA